AGAAGGAGACCCCACCUGCAGCGACCACAACUGUUGCACAGACAUCAGAGCAGCCUGCAGCACCCAAAGGAAUGCCUGCUCCACCCCCACCACCCCCAGAGCCGCCAAAGCUGGAAACCAAAGGAGAAUCGGCUGCCAAAGCCGUAAAGCCGACGCAAAAAGAAGAACCGAAAGCUUCCGCUAAAGAACCCGAGUCCUCAAAAGGAAAAUCGUCUCUGAGUAAAUUCUUCCGAUCAAAGGCUGUCAAGGAUGCAGCACAGCCAGCUUUUGAAGUAGAAGUACAGCCAGUUGUAGAAGUACAGGAGACAGCUGUGGAGGUACCAGAGCCUGUUGUAGAGGUGCAGGUAAAAGCACAGGAAACUGCUGUGGAGUUGGCAAAACAAGUUGGUGAAGAGGAGAAGGUGGAUCCUUCCAAAGCCAGCACUCUGGAGGCAGCAGCGAAGCCAGAACCUCCUCCGCCCGUUCAAGAGGAAAAGAAGCAAACCUCCAAAUCACACUUCAUGUCUUUCUUCAAGCCCAAAGCACUGUUAGAUACCAUGACCACAAAAGUCCAAGCAGCCUCCACAAGUGGAGUUCGUCUCCUCAAGAAAUCGACCGGCCUGGCUGCUGACCCCAAGAAGACGUCUCCGACCCCACCGGCCGCAGCAGAGUCCCCUCAGCCAGUGAAAGCUAAGGAGGAGCCAAAAGCUGCAGCCAAGCCGUCCGAGGUUGUUGCGGAUAGCAAACCGGCGUCUGCGGCCUCUCCGGCUGGAGACGAUGCAGCCAAUGCGGCCAAAAAACUGGAGAAGAGGAACUCCAUCCAGCUGUUCUUUAAAAAUCUGGGUCAGAAACGCCACUCUACAGAUGCUGGGGUCCAAACAGAACCAGCGACUGCUGCUUCAACAUCUGAGAAAACCAAAUGAGCCCUUUUAAGUUUCCCUGUACAGAUCCCCCACCCCUCCUCCUCCCUGUCUUUCUAGCUAUACUCUGUCUUCAUGUCUUGGUCAUAUUUCACCACCUCAAUUCCUUUUUUUUUUUUAGAUGUUGCAUUUUAAAGAGAAAUGCUUUCAGAAGGAUUCUGGAAAGAUUAGCACGGUGAUAGAUAAACAAUAGGAGAAACACUGACUAUAAGAAGCCAUGAGUUAAAAUGACAAGUUGUCAUUUAAACAAAAAGAAAAAUAUUUCAUAACUUUUUCCACUUUUACCACCAGCUGGAAGCUGCACAGCUCUGGUUAACAAAGCAUAUAUAUAUAUAUAAACAGAACCUAAUUAUUGGGUUAAACACCUUCUUUCCAACUUGGUCUGUGUAACCACCACAUUCAGACUCAGUAUAAGUCAGUACAUGCCUUCCAUCUCUUAACAUGCCUUUGGUUAACCCCAGAUAAAGUUCAGCUCCUCUUUGUCACAGUUUACAGUACCAGCAAUGCUUUCCACAGAGUUUCCAAAGAGUUUCCAAAGCAUCAAGGGCAUAUUUUUGGGAGAAGGGUGCAAAAUGCAUUU